AUGAAGCGGCACAAGCUGGCCGUGGCAGCUGGCUUCUGCCUGUCCUUCUUGCUGGGCACUUUGCUCAACCUCUUCUUCAUCCCGGCCUUUGAUCCCCUUCAGCAACACCGGCAGCAAAAGGCGGGCAUCGCGCACUCGCUGGCGGGCUCGCCGCGGGACAGGUCGUGGGAGGAGGAGGCGGCGGCCAGGAGAAGCAGCGGCCGUCACCGGCGCUGGGAUUUAGCCCGGCAGACCCGAGAGCGCUACGAAGAGGUGCUGCGCUAUCAACAGAGGCAGCAGCCCGGAGAAGCCGGCGGAGCGGCGGGAGACGCUGCUAAAGCCCGGCCGGCGAUGCGACCUCUGGAGAGGCGGCUCAUGGAUCUGGCGCCGCCGAGGCUCUCCGCCUCGCCCACUGACCGCAGCCCACGGGGGCUCCAGCUCAGUUCGGCCGGCCUCGUCGCCUCCGGGGAGCCCUGGGUCCCCGAAACCAAGCUGCAACUCUCUCUCGGGCCGCUUCGGUUGGGCUGCCGGGACAUUAGCAACGUGACCGAGGUCCAUUACCUGGGCUCCGGCUACACCAAAGCGGUCUACAAAGCGGUGCUCAACCAGAGCCUGGCGGUGGCCUUGAAGUCCGUCGAUUUUGGGGGGCACGACAUCGACAAUUGCGUCAAGCUCUAUGGGUCCCUGGCAGACUGUUACAGGCUGGCCUCCUAUAAGAUCGUCAAGGAGAUGGUCCUUCUGCAGCGGUUGCGGCACCCCAACAUCCUCCAGCUUCAUGGAUAUUGUUACCAAGAUAGCAAUGACAUCUCAGACACCUUGACUGCCAUCACAGAACUAGGUUCACCACUGGAGAUGAUACAGCUUUUGCAGACUUCAUGGGAGGACAGGUUUCACAUAUGCUUCAGCUUAGUUCAGCUUCUGCAUUACCUGGCCCAUUCUCCUCUUGGCUCUGUAACUCUAUUGGAUUUCCGACCUCGACAAUUUGUGAUUGUGGAUGGAGAGCUCAAAGUGACAGAUCUGGAUGAUGCAAGCAAUGAGGAAACCUUCUGCACUAGCAACAGAGAUUGUUUCAUGGAAUUUCCAGCAAGAAAUUUCACUCUUCCUUGUUCUGUUGACGGCAAAUGCCAAAGCAUGAAUGAGAAGAGAAAUCUUUACAAUGCAUACAGGUUUUUCUUUACAUAUCUCCUGCCUCACAGUGCCCCUUCAUCCUUGAAGCCAUUGCUCGAUGCGAUAGUCAAUGCUACCGAUUAUAAAAGAGUGCCUGAAGCUACAAUAAUCAAUGAAAAUUACAGAUGCUGGCCAUCCUACCAUCAUAAAGGAUGUCUCCUUUCUGUAUUUGAUGUAAAUGAGGCUACAGAGAUAUGUGAGAGUCAUUCGCAAUGCAAAGCUUUUGUUUUCAUCAACCAAACAACUUGGACAGGUCGUCAACUUGUCUACUUCAAGAUGGGAUCUACUUCUAUUGUGCCUGACCAUGACAAGAUAACAUAUGUGAAAGUGACCGGAUGAAGCUUACGCAUCCUAUAAGCUCAAUUCUGGGCAGGUUUACUCAGACUACAUCUACGUGCCUUACUUCAUAGUAAGUGCACCUCGGUUCAAUUGGUCAAUAUGACAGCUGUUGGGUUGUUGUUGUUUUUGAAUGAAAAUGGCUUUUGUGUGCAAAGAAACUGAGAACGGGGAAGAAACUGCACUCAAUCUAUAAAGCGCAAAACAAUUAUAAGAAGAGACCUUUAUUACCUGAAGGAAUGUGCAAUAUAAUGACAUUUUAAAAAUGUGACUCUAUAUGAAGAAGCAGAAUGAAAUCCAAAAUGUGACACACUGCGUGGCUAGCCUUACAGUGUUAGAAAACAGCAGUAUGCUUUUCUGACUAGAAUUAUACACCCUCUGUACAAUUUUACUGAGGGUUGGCUGAAAAUUCUUCCUUUUCAUAAGAAGCUCAGGAUUACUUAUUCCAAUAUUUAUGUGAGUAAGUAUAAUUAACGCAGCACUGUUAAAUCUCUUGGAGAUCAAACUUUCUGGAAGACAAUCAGGACUUCUGUGAUUGUAUGAAACAUUAAAAAGUGAACAUCAGGGUGGUCCUUGAGUAAGGGAUUUAUUUGCUAUCAGAAUUGCCAUCCAUUUUUUAAAAAUCUAGUGAUUCUAGAUUUUUCAUUAAACCAGA